AUGAAUUCUCAAAGAAUGUUAAUGUCUUUGGGCAGAUUUGUAAUCAAUAGAUCAACAGCAUCAUUACAACCACAACACAAUGGAAUAAUAAGUAAUAAUGGUAUUAAAUCGAUGAUGAUGAUGAAUCGUUCAUUGAAUCAACAACAUGUUCACUCUGCACUCUGUUGUUGUAACAAUAGCAGUGCUGGUAGUAUCAUUGGUAAGCGUUACUUUGCUGGAGCGUCACCAAUGGAAGCGAUGCAACAAGAAGACGAAGAGGAUGCACACCUGUCCAGAAUGAUGGAGGACGACCAAGACGAUGACCAAGACAACGAUAUGGAGAUGAUGGACGAAGACGACGAAGUUGAAGGAGAGGAAUCCAGCGGAAUGAACAAAGAAUACUCACAGACAGAAUUGCACGACAUGAUCAGAGAGACUCAGAUUUCCAUCUAUCGUGAACUACUCGACUGUCCAAAACCAUUGGACUCUGAAGUUAAAAAGACAAUCUAUCUGCGUUGGAAAGAAGAUCCACAAUAUUAUAACACAAAGAAACUUUCACAGAUGUUCCAAUUACAUAGAUCAAGAAUUGCCGCAAUUAUUAGAUUCCAACAAAUAUAUGAAAAAGAAGUGGCGGAAGGAAAUGAGGUAUUCGACGAUUUGGAACAAGAUAUUGCAGAGCUUUUGGGUACACGUACAAAAGAUACCUAUUUGGGUGUCGACGAAGAUAUAUCCGAUGACUUUUACUUUAUUGGCGGUAAGGAGAAUGAGUUCACCGCUAAGCGUAACGAGCACAAGAAGCGACCGGAUCCACUCCACGAGAUUCCAGUGCAAGUACCGGAAUCAUUCCCCGAGAAACCAAUCUACUUCCGUCAACCAUCGUCGACUCAAUCAAAGCCAAAGAGAAAGAACCUCAUUUUCAUUGAUACCAGUCGUGAUCCAUUCACCAACCGUCCAAACCCAGAUCCAAUGAUGUUGAUCAGCGGUAUCGACGGUUCAUUGCGUACACCAUCGACAAGCGAGCGUAAGGUCAUCACAGAGUACAUCACCAAUCCAAAGAUCAGAAGAGAUCCAGAGGCAUUGUUACGUCGUCCACUUAAAUAUAAACCUGCCUAUCAUAACGAUAAGAAGUCUAAAGCAACCGAAGAAAAGGAAGAAGAAGAUGAUUAA